GGGUGGGGCCAAAUCCGGGGGCGGGGCCGGGCCUGGGAGAGGCGCUGGGCGGCCUCGGCCGGGAGAUCUCCGCAGAGCCGGCGCCUUUGCCGCCACAGCCGCCGCCGCAGCUUCGCUGCCCAGCACCUGCUGCCCUCGCCCGGCCCCGGGCACCGCUGCCAUGCGGCUGGCGCUGCUCUGGGCACUAGGGCUCCUGGGCGCCGGGAGUCCCAUGCCCUCGGGGCCCCUCUUGGACACAGGUCAAAUGGGGGAGCAACUCCCACUGUCAGAGGGACUUCCUAGAGGAUACCCAGAGCCCCAGGUUCUUUUGGGCAACCUCACCCUCGAUCUCUCAGAAGCACUUCAGGACAGGCUCCCCCAGAAAUUACAGAUCAAACUAGAACUGGAGGGUAAGAACCACAUCUUGGAGCUGCAACAGAAUGGGGAGCUGGUCCCAGACACCCCAACUCUUGUGUGGUACCAGCCUGAUGGCACCCAGGUGGUAAAUGAGGGGAACACUCUGGAGAAUUGUUGCUACCAGGGGAUUGUACAGGAUCACCCUAACUCCUGGGUCUCUGUUUGCACUUGCUCUGGACUCAGAGGGCUGCUUGUCCUCUCCCCAGAGAAAAUAUAUACCUUAGAUCCCAGGCCAGGGGGAUUCACUCAUAUCUCCAAAGUAGAAGAUAUUCACCUGACAGGAGGCACCUGUGCCCUGAACCCAGGACCCCAUUCGUUCAUCCAAGCACAGUCAGAGCUCAAACUGGGCCUGCAUAGUCUCUAUCGGAGUAAACGGGAUGUAGUGUCAGAGACAAAGUUUGUGGAGUUGGUGAUUGUAGCUGACCACAAGGAGGCCCAGAGAUACCCAGACCUGCACCAGCUGCAGACCCGAAUGCUAGAAGUGGCUAACCAGGUGGACGCGUUUUUUAGGUUCCUGAAUGUGCGUGUGGCACUGGUGGGCGUGGAGGUCUGGAGCCAGGAGGACCUGAUCUCAGUGGACGGAGAUGCGGGUGUCACGCUGGAAAACUUCCUCCGCUGGCGUCAGACAGACCUGCUCCCUCGACUGCCGCAUGACAGUGCCCAGCUGGUCACGACCAGCCUAUUCCUGAACUCUGCAGUGGGCAUGGCAGUACAGAACUCCAUCUGCUCCCCAGCCCUUUCAGGGGGUGUGAAUGUGGACCACUCAGUGAGCAUCCUGGGUGUAGCAUCCACCAUGGCCCAUGAGCUGGGGCACAGCCUGGGCCUGGCACAUGAUCCCCCAGGAGGCAACUGCCCAUGCCCAGGCCAGCCUCCCGCCAAGAGCUGUAUCAUGGAGGCUGCCACAGCGUUCCUGCCUGGUCUGAGUUUUAGCAGCUGCAGCAGAGAAGCUUUGGAGAAGGCGCUUUUGAGGGGAGCAGGGGGCUGCCUCUUUUCUCGGCCUGCUCAGCUGGCCCCUCGCCCCCCUCGAUGCGGGAAUUUAUUUGUAGAGCCUGGCGAGCAGUGUGACUGUGGUUUCUGGGAGGAAUGUUCUGAUCCCUGCUGUAAUGCCUCCAGCUGCCAGCUGAUGCCCGGGGCUCAAUGUGCUUCCGACGGUCUCUGCUGCCAAGAUUGCCAGCUACGCCCAGCAGGAUGGCUAUGCCGCCCAGUGCGGGGGGACUGUGACCUGCCUGAAUUUUGCUCAGGGGAUAGUGCCCAGUGUCCCUCAGAUGUCAGCCUAGGGGAUGGUGAGCCCUGCGCAGGGGGCAAAGCUGUCUGUGCUGCUGGGCACUGUGCCUCUUAUGUUGCUCAGUGCCAGGCACUCUGGGGUCCUGGUGCCCGCUCUGCAGCUCCUGCCUGUCUCCAAGCUGCCAACACACGAGGAGAUGGCUUUGGGAACUGUGGGAAACUGUACAAUGGUACUUAUGUGCCAUGUGCUCCUCGAGAUGCCAACUGUGGGCAACUCCAGUGCCAAGGUGGUAGUGUCCACCCUCUGUUGGGCACUGCUCAGGAGACACUCACAGAGACCAUUGAGGCCAAUGGAACACACCAGACCUGCCGAUGGACACACCUAGACCUGGGUAGCGAUGUGGCCCAGCCCUUUCUGGCUCUGACGGGCACUGCUUGUGCCCCUGGCUGGGUCUGCAUUGACCAGCGGUGCCAGCCAGUGGCACUUCUGGGGGCAGAGGAGUGUCGGAGCAAAUGCCAUGGGCAUGGGGUUUGCAAUAGCAAUGGACAUUGCCACUGUGACCAGGGCUGGGCGCCUCCAGAUUGCUCAAAGGAAGGCUUUGGGGGCAGUGUGGACAGUGGGGCCCUGGGCCAGCAGCCCAAAGCAAAUGGCGGCCUGACCACAGGACUGCUCCUCAGCCUCCUCCUUCUGGCCCUGCUGAUGCUUCUCGGAGCCUGCUACUGGCACCGGACCCAUCUCCGCCGCAGACUCUGCCAGUUUAAGGGGACCAGUUCCCAGUAUAGAUUUCACAAAGGGCGGACCCUCUCUCGUGAUUGUUUCUGGGUAGAUAAUACUUGCUUCCCCUUCAACUACCCCAGGCCGUCCCCAUCUGGCCCCCCUGAACGUCCAGGUCCACCUCAGAGGGCUCAGGACACAGAACUCCAGCUGCUGUCCAGCGCCAAGUCUGGCGCUCUUGGUCACCCUGACCCCCCCUCCCGGCCGCUCCCGCCGGACCCUGUGCCCAAAAGACUCCAGGCUGCACUGACCGACCGACCCAACCCCCCCACCCGCCCGCUACCCGCCGACCCGGUGGUGAGGAGCCCACAGUCUCAGGGGCCUGCUAAACCCCCGCCUCCAAGGAAGCCGCUGCCCUCCUACGCCCAGGGACGGCACCCCUCAGGUGAAGGGCCGGCUGAAGAGAGCUCGGUGCCCCUGGUCGUCCCCUCUAGACCUGCACCCCCGCCCCCUGCGGCCUCUGGGGCUGCUCUACGCGUCUGACUUCAUCCCGGGACAGUGAUCUCACAUUGGAGAAGUCACCGUGGGCCCCCGUUUCCCCAACAUCGGACCCGAGGAGCCUGUGAGAGGGAAGCCUGCCCACCCUCUGCUAGGACUCCGAAGGCUCGAGUCCAGAAGCGGAGGAGCGGCAUUCUUAUGGCACUAUUGGGGUUCCUGAAGGCGAAGCCCGAGACGGAAGCCCGCACUGACUCUGGGAUGGGGGAGGCGGGGAGAGGGU